ACCAAGUCUGGUGUACAUUGUUUCUCUCUAUGCUUGAUCAAUAUCGGCCUCACUGUGUAAACAAACACCAACCCCAGAGACCACCACUGCAACGACCAUCCGUACCUCUAUACAUCGUCACUCAGUAUCGUCUGUGUACGAGGAUUCACCUUAGGUCAUUGUCCUCACAUCGUCCAAGCAAACAAAAUGGCAACAGCAGUCAAAGCCUCCGUCCUCCACGGUGCCCGCAAUCUCCGCGUGGAAUCCCGCCCCCUUCCCACCCUCUCGCCAACCGACGUCCUAAUCUCCAUCAAGUCCACCGGCCUCUGCGGCUCCGACCUGCACUACUACACGCACUUCCGCAACGGGGACAUCCAAGUCCACGAGCCUUUAACCCUCGGUCACGAGUCCUCGGGCAUCAUCACGGCCAUCGGCAGCCCCUCCGUCUCCUCCGAUUAUGGCCUGAAUGUAGGCGACCGCGUCGCGCUGGAGGUGGGACAGCCGUGCGAGGCUUGUGAACUUUGUUGCCCCCCAGAUGAUGCCGGUCCUCCUGGAAACUAUUCGGGGGAAAAAGGGGGGGAAAGCGGCGGGAAGGGUGGAGAGAGUACUACUACCUCUAGAUACAACAUCUGCCGCGCCAUGCGCUUCCGCUCUUCAGCCAAGGGAUGGCCGCAAUUUCCCCACGCUCAGGGAACCCUGCAGGAGGUUGUUGCCCAUCCGGCAAAGUGGUGCCACAAGUUGCCGGAGAGUGUGGAUUACACGCUGGGAGCGCUGGCGGAGCCGUUGGCUGUUGCUAUGCAUGCGGCUGGGAGGGCUGGAAUUCCCUCUCCAUCCAUGUCUUCGUCUCGGGGGGCGGCCAGGGUAAAAAUUCUGGUAUUCGGUGCCGGUGCCGUCGGGCUGCUCUGUGCUGCAGUUUGCAAGUCCAUCACCAAGGGGGAUGCGAUAGUGAUGAUUGCGGAUAUCCAAGCUGAUAGGGUGAAGUUUGCGGUGGAGAAUGGGUUCGCUGAUGCGGCGGUUGUAGUGCCGCUUCCUGACAAGCGGCCGGAGACGAUAGAGGAGAAGCUGGAGUAUGCGAAGAGUGUGGCCGAAAGGGUUAAGGGGGCUGAGCUGUUGAAGGGACUGGGAGGACAGGUGGGUGAGGUUAAUGUUACUUUUGAGUGUACGGGGGUGGAGAGUUGUUUGCAGAGUUCGAUAUAUGUGACGGCGCCGGGUGGUAAGAUCAUGAUCAUUGGCAUGGGUAAUCCCAUCCAGACGCUACCCAUCUCUGCCGCUUCACUGAAGGAGGUUGACCUCCUUGGCGUGUUUCGGUACGCAAAUGCCUAUCCAAAGGUGAUUGAGCUGUUGGCUAGUGGGGAUCCGCAUCUCCCUGACCUUUCUAAGCUGGUGACGCAGCGGUAUAGUGGUUUGGAAAGUAUUCCCAUGGCAUUCGACAUGGCGGCUAGGGUGAAGGACAAUGAGGGGAAGUUGGUGUUGAAGGUUAUGGUUGAUAUGUAGAAUGUCGAUGCAGUUGAAAUGCUGUAGGAAAGGAGAAAUAUGGUUAGAUGAAAAGC